GUGUCAUUUCUCUCAGCCCUAAACUGAAUCCAAAACUGUUUGUUGCCUUUUCUUUGCUUCAAUCUUCUUCAAUGGCGGAAUGGACUACACUUCCAUCUGAACUCCUCCAUCUCAUCUCCCAACACCUCCCCACCUCAAUCGAUCUCCUCCGCUUCCGCUCUGUCUGCGCCACCUGGCGCGCCGCUGCUCCUCCACCACCCUCCGUGCCUAUUCGAUCCUCUAUCCUGCCUAAUUCCGGCAUCUCCGACACUAGCUGGGGUUUUUACCUCUCCAAACGUACCGUCUAUUAUCUCGAAUCACCUUCCACCGAUCAAUCAUCGUGGAUCAUCAAACUCGAACGGGAUAACCCCGCCCGGAUGCAUCUCCUGAACCCGCUCGAUCGAUCCCAAUUCAAACCCUUGCCUGAUAAUUUUCCCAAGAUCUUUAAUUUCUUCGAUUUAAGGGUUAAGGAAUUGGGUGAAGAAUAUGCUCUUCAGUAUAUUAAUUUUAGACCGAUGGCGAGUUCGAUUGGAGAGGCGGGGAAUCUCUACAUGGAAAAAGUUGCGGUUAUGAACGAUUCGUGUGGAGGGAUUGUGCUUUUGACAAUUCAUGUAUCUGGGAAACUGGUGGUCUACAAGCCUGGCGAUGAGAAAUGGAGUGUUAUUGAUGAUCUACCUUCCCCUUAUGAUGAUGUCAUUCUUAGGGAAGGCAGAUUCUGUGCGGUUGAUAAUACCGGUAGAAUGGUUGUUGUGAAUGUUGCAGAUUUAACUGUGAGUGUUGUUGCGAAUUCGGUUUUUGGCGGCGACAAGAAGUUUCUUGUGGAAUUGAAGGGUGAGUUGUUGUUAGUCGAUAUGUAUUUGAGCAUUGGGCCAGCAGAUGAUUUAGGUUACAAUGAGGGGUUCGAAUUUUACGAGGAAUUUGAUGGUUUUAUGAGUGAGAGGACUGUGAAGUUUGAGGUGUUUAGGUUAGACGAAAACGUGGGGAAGUGGGUAGAAGUGAGUGAUUUGGGGGAUACAAUGUUGUUUUUGGGUGAUAAUUGUACAUUUUCAGCAUCGGCUUCGGAAAUUUUUCGAGAUAAUAGCUGCAAGGGGAAUUGUAUAUUUUUCACUGAUCAGUACUGUAAUAGGGAGGAUGAUGAUGGGGUGUGGAAGAUUGGUGUUGGGGUGUUCGAUAUGGAGAGUCGGAGUAUUGGGCCAAUUGAUAAUCACGUUGGUUACUCCAAGAUGUUUUGGCCACCACCUGAUUGGAUUUAUUCAACUGCAUCUAUCGAAGCUGGGAUGGAUAGACUGAAUAUUUAACACUUGCAGAGUUUUGGAAAAUCAGAGAGAUUAAUGGCCGACGAAGUCAAUGAAAUGUAUUGAUUAGUGACCAGAGUUUCUUUCGUUGCUGGCAGCUUGCGUUAAUAAGGUAGUCAUGGCUCCUAUGGUGUGUGUCAGUGGUGCUGAUCAACCUGUAUGUUGCUGAACUAUGAAUUAAAUUUGUGUUUCUUUUUCCUUGGUUUAGAACUUCUCUUCUUGUGUAAUGUCCAUGUCGUCAUGAUUGUUCUAUUAAAUCAAAGUUUAAGUACUACAACAUUAUCUUAGGAGAUGAUUUUGUGAUAUUUCUAAACUAUUAUGUCCUUUAUUCGUUGUGAGCAUCUUUUAUUGACGCAAUUUUCAAUCUGAAUUACAUGCAGGUCUUCUUGUGAAUUGUAUUUUCUGGCUUUUAUUUUCUGACAGUGUUUCUAAUAUUCUUCUGGGAAACUGAUCGUUUGGUCUUGA